GUGGACAGCGGGGGACAUUACGGACUCAGGGGUACGCAGCCUCUACGGUGACCAGGUCCUGGAGCUCCUCCUCUCGUCGGGGGAACUGGAGGCUGCAGGUGUAUGGACUCAGCAAGAGGGAGUACCAGUGACAUCGCCGGCAACUACGGGUGCAGUGGAGGGCAGUGCCUUACAAGCUGGACUACCACCUCUACCUCUACCUGGGUUUGCGGGCACCUUGAUGCCGAGUGAAGGGGUGAUUGCGGUGGAGGAGGAUACGCGAGGGACAGCUGCUUCAUCGGGAAAGGAUACGGGAAUGCGAUGGGACUAA